CAUUCAUUCGCCUGCUUCACCUCGAUUGUAAUAAACCUGAUUGGUAUCCAGUCUGAAACCGGAAAUAGCAUGGAUGACUUGAAAGUUUGUUUACGUUUGUUUAGAUUGUAAAAUAAUUGACUUUCGCUAUGUCUGUUAUAAGCAAAGGCCACUAUGAUCUAAUCGUAGAUGAUUACAGAGACCAAGGGGCCAAAAUUACAAUGAAGAAAAAGAAAAGCUUUGUGCACAUUGUUCCCGUUUUAGUUUUUAUAAUCUCUGGUUUUGCAGCUUUUGAAAUUGAAGACCAUAAUACAUUUUCUGGACAGGAGUUAUAUUUUGGCAUUGCCUUGGCUGUUGCAGUUCUGCUGUUCAUCUUUUACCAUGUCAUAAGUAUACAUUCAGAAUCUCUGCUAAUACUAGCUUCAAUAGGUAUAACUGUUCAGCAGUCCAGUCUGCUUGGGACAAGUUCAAGAUGUUAUGGUUUACAAGAAAUCCAAGAUGUUGUGAUUAUAGAAGCAGUAACUAUGAGCAAGAUUAUUUUCCAGCUUGUAUUAUUACCAAAACAGAAAGAUCACACAUGUUUAAUACCAGAGUCAGCACCAUCAGAUAGUUCAUCAAAACAAAGGUUAUAUCCACUCUUCAAAUGUUUUAGACCAAAGUUAAAGGAUUUACAGAUGAUAUACAGACAUAUCCAGGAAAAAUUAAUCCUUCCAAGCCAAGUAAAUAGAUGAUACAGUGUUUUUACCCCACUGUUUGAUCCACCUUUUCAGUUACGUAACGUAAAAGAAAAUAAGAUUUUUUAAUUUUUUAUUUUUUUUUCAAAAGACCUUGAUUACCAGUAAUUAUGAUUUUAUCAUCAAAGUUAUUUUGAAUAUUUUACAUUAUAAACAGCCAGUUUGGACACCAUUUUGCAGUUAUUGUUGGUUGAUUGUAAUAAAACAUUCAGGUAAUCUUUCUAACAAAAAACAACACCGUAUUUUUAGCUCACCUGUCACAUAGUGACAAGGUGAGCUUUUGUGAUCACGCAGCGUCCGUCGUCCGUCCGUCCGUGCGUGCGUCCGCGCGUCUGUAAACUUUUGCUUGUGACCACUCUAGAGGUCAUAUUUUUUGUGGGAUCUUUAUGAAAGUUGGUCAGAAUGUUCAUCUUGAUGAUAUCUAGGUCAAGUUCGAAACUGGGUCACGUGCCUUCAAAAACUAGGUCAGUAGGUCUAAAAAUAGAAAAACCUUGUGACCUCUCUAGAGGCCAUAUAUUUCACAAGAUCUUCAUGAAAAUUGGUCAGAAUGUUCACCUUGAUGAUAUCUAGGUCAGGUUCGAAACUGGGUCACGUGCCGUCAAAAACUAGGUCAGUAGGUCUAAAAAUAGAAAAACCUUGUGACCUCUCUAGAGGCCAUAUAUUUCACAAGAUCUUCAUGAAAAUUGGUCAGAACGUUCACCUUGAUGAUAUCUAGGUCAAGUUCGAAACUGGGUCACGUGCCGUCAAAAACUAGGUCAGUAGGUCAAAUAAUAGAAAAACCUUGUGACCUCUCUAAAGGCCAUAUUUUUCAUGGGAUCUGUAUGAAAGUUGGUCUGAAUGUUCAUCUUGAUGAUAUCUAGGUCAAGUUUGAAACUGGGUCAAGUGCGGUCAAAAACUAGGUCAGUACAUCUAAAAAUAGAAAAACCUUGUGACCUCUCUAGAGGCCAUAUAUUUCAUGAGAUCUUCAUGAAAAUUGGUCAGAAUGUUCACCUUGAUGAUAUCUAGGUCAAGUUCGAAAGUGGGUCACGUGCCGUCAAAAACUAGGUCAGUAGGUCAAAUAAUAGAAAAACCUUGUGACCUCUCUAGAGGCCAUUUUUUUCAUUGGAUCUGUAUGAAAGUUGGUCUGAAUGUUCAUCUUGAUGAUAUCUAGGUCAAGUUCGAAAGUGGGUCACGUGCGGUCAAAAACUAGGUCAGUAGGUCAAAUAAUAGAAAAACCUUGUGACCUCUCUAAAGGCCAUAUUUUUCAUGGGAUCUGUAUGAAAGUUGGUCUGAAUGUUCAUCUUGAUGAUAUCUAGGUCAGGUUCGAAACAGGGUCAUGUACGAUCAAAAACUAGGUCAGUAGGUCUAAAAAUAGAAAAACCUUGUGACCUCUCUAGAGGCAAUACUUGUGAAUGGAUCUCCAUAAAAAUUGGUCAGAAUUUUCAUCUUGAUGAUAUCUAGGUCAAGUUCAAAAGUGGGUCACGUGCCUUCAAAAAGUAGGUCAGUAGGUCAAAUAAUGAAAAAACGUUGUGACCUCUCUAGAGGCCAUAUUUUUCAUGGGAUCUGUAUGAAAGUUGGUCUGAAUGUUCAAGUUGAUGAUAUAUAGGUCAAGUUUGAAACUGGGUCAACUGCGAUCAAAAACUAGGUCAGUAGGUCUUGAAAUAGAAAAACCUUGUUACCUCUCUAGAGGCCAUACCCUUGAAUGGAUCUUCAUGAAAAUUGGUCAGAAUGUUCACCUUGAUGAUAUCUAGGUCAAUUUUGAAACAGGGUUACGUGCCAUAAAAAACUAGGUCAGUAGGUCAAAUAAUAAAAAAAACCUUGUGACCUCUCUAGAGGCCAUACUUUUCAUGGGAUCUGUAUGAAAGUUGGUCUGAAUGUUCAUCUUGAUGAUAUCUAGAUCAAGUUUGAAACUGGGUAAACUGCGGUCAAAAACUAGGUCAGUAGGUCUAAAAUUAUUAAAAUCUUUUGACCUCUCUAGAGGAUAUAUUUUUUAAAUGGAUCUUCAUGAAAAUUGAUCUGAAUGUUCACCUUGAUGAUAUCUAGGUCAGUUCCGAAACUGGGUCACGUGCGGUCAAAAACUAGGCCAGUAGAUAUAAAAAUAGAAAAACCUUGUGACCUCUCUAGAGGCCAUAUUUUUCAUGAGAUCUUCAUGAAAAUUAGUGAGAAUGUUCACCUUGAUGAUAUCUGGGUAAAAUUCAAAACAGGGUCACGUACCUUCGAAAACUAGGUCAAUAGGUCAAAUAAUAGAAAAACCUUGUGACCUCUCUAGAGACCAGAUUUUUCAAUGGAUCUUCAUGAAAAUUGGUCAGAAUUUUUAUCUUGAUAAUAUCUUGGUCAGGUUCAAAACUGGGUCACAUGAGCUCAAAAACUAGCUCACUAUGUCAAAUAAUAGAAAAAAUGACGUCAUACUCAAAACUGGGUCAUGUGGGAAGAGGUGAGCGAUUCAGGACCAUCAUGGUCCUCUUGUUUAAAGUUGUGGUUGUGCCCAGUUUUUGCUAAAGGAAAAAUACUUUUUGGGUCCUAAAAAUUGACUAUGAAAGACGAAAAUGAAAUUUUCGUAAGAUAUUUCUACCACCCUCACAGACUGUUAGAAUGAGGAUUCUCUCUGGAUCUUGUAGAAUAAGCUGCAAUAUGUGAAGGACUUUAUUAUAGGUUAGGUGGAUCAGAUUCAAAAAUCAAAAUGUUAAUUUGUACUCCUAGGAUAUUUUUGUGAUGACAUGAUAUUUUUUUUUUCAUUUUUCUGUUGUUACAUUACAUGUGUAAUUUUUUUUUAAAGCUGCUUGACAUAAAAUGUAUUCCUGAGAUUUAGAUGUAAAACUUGUGUUGGAUUUUUGGGCAGUGUUCACUAUUUCAGCAACAGCUCACACAACACACUGUUUGCUUUGUAAUUUACAGGUUAGUAUUACAAACUUAGUUUUAACAGAUUUUGAGAGGAUAUCAUUUUGCCAAAGAAGGUAUAACAAGUAGCUUUAAAUUUAAAGGCAUUCUGAAAGAAACUUCAUCUUUUUGCAGCUUUUUGUACAUUUUAUGUAUUUUUUAUGAAUUUUGUUGUCAUGAUUUUUUCAUUGUUAAAAAUCUAAAUAUUUAAAAUUUUAUUUGCACAGACUCCACAGGAAUAUUUUUAUCUCCACAGGAAUAUUUUUUGUUGGUAUCUGUUUUUUUUAAAAAAAAAAUUCAUUAUAUCUUAUUAUUACAGGACUCCUUAAAUAAAUUGUUGGUCCAUAAUAGUAAAUGCUAUGGAAUGAUCUAUAGUUAAAGUUUGAUGAGGUAAAGUCAAAAGGUGAUUUUUUUAUUUAUCAGUCGCUUCGUAAGUUACAAAAGAUGGGUUGCAUAGAAGGCAUUAUAGCAACCAGAUAUAUAUAUAUAGAAGGCAUUACAAAAAACUGAUAUAUACAUAGAAGGCACCAUAGAAACCUGAUAUGUACACAGAAGACAUUGUAAAGAAGACGUGAUAAAAACCUGAUAUGAACCAAGGAGGCAUUAUAAGAACCCGAGAUAUGUUUAUAGAAAGCUAAGAAAAAAUGCAUCUUAUUUCGUUUUGUCUGUUUGGGUGCUCACAUGUCUGUCCAUCGUCAACUUCAGUCACAAAUGGCUGAUCCUGCAAUAACUUAAAAAACAAAAAUACAAGAGAUUUAGUCAUGAAACCAGAUUAAUUGUAUUGGGGGAACUUUUAAAUUAUGCAGGGCCUUUUAGUUUUUUUUGCAAUAUCAAAACAAUGCAGUCAAGUUUCACAUUUUUGCUAUAUUAGAUUCAAAUUUCAUAUUUAGAUACAUGAAAAAUUUCUUCAUACAUUUUAACAUAAAAUUAACAAGUUUAUGUGUAUUAACAGAAAUGUACAUUAGGUUUAAAUAGAAAACAUUGAACACAUGUAUAGAUAAACACAGUAUAAAACUGGCUGUUUUUUUAACACUCAGUUGUAAUUACAUGACAUUUUUAUUUUGAAUUUCUGUUUUUGAAGAUUUAGCAAAGAAAUUUGAGCCACAUGUAUAAUUUUUCAUAAAGAUUUCAAUACUUGUCUUGAAUAAUCUGGUUAGAAUUACACCAAACAUGGUCAGUAGCAACCUGGCAUGGAUGUUUAUCAAGUUUCUUCAAAUGGUUUUCACAUUUAUUUUGUAGAAACUUUUAACUGUUCAAGCAAGCCACUAAACUCAGGUGAGCGAUGUUAUUUUGUAAAUGCUGUAUUUAUAUUUCUUCAAUGUAAAUUAGAAUCACACUUGCAAUGGUAGACUGAGGGAAAUUGCACAUGCUUGCAACAUUUAAAUGCAAAGACAUGUUAUCUAAAGUUGUUUUUGGCCAAGGUUCCAAGGUCAAGGUCACACUUAAGAGGUCAAAGGUUACCAGGGUCUGUUUUGUGUCCGGUUCAUAACUCUGCCAUCCAUGAAGGGAUUUUGAAAUAUCUUGGCAUUAAUGCUUACCAUAAUGAGACGAUGUGUCAUGCACAAGACCAAGAACCCUAGUUCCAGUUCAGGUUCACACUUAGAAGUCAAAGGUUAACAGGUGUCAAGUUCAUAACUCUGCCAUUUAUCAAGGGAUUUUGAAAUUACUUGGUAUAAAUGUUCCCCUUAACGAGACAAUGCGUCAUGCGCAAGAUCCAGACCCCUAGCUCGAAGGUCAAGGUCACACUUAGAGGUUAAAGGUUAACAUGGUCUGUUUCUUGUCCGGUUCAUAACUCUGCCAUCCAUGAAGGAAUUUUAAAAUUACUCGGCAUAAAUGUUACCUAUGAUGAGAUGACUUGUCAUGCGCAAGACCCAGACCCCUAUCUCCAACGUCAAGGUCACACUUAGAAGUCAAAGGAUAACAUGAACAUUUUUCUUGUCUGGUCCAUCACUCUGCCAUUUGUCAAGGGAUUUGAAAAUAAUUUGACACAAGUGUUAACCUCAUUGAGAAGAUGUGUUGCGCUUAUGACCCGUUCUCUCAGGUCUAGGUCACAAAAUGAUUCAUACCUAAACUAUUCUGGCAUAUUUUGUGCAGACAACUGUAGCAUUCUUGGGCAUGUUUCAGGGGCAUUUGUCACCAAUAGUGACAGCUGUUGUUUUACUUAAAUACUGCUUGAAAUUUUAAUCAAAGAAGUACCUCAUGCCAGACAGUUAUAGUAAUUCAGGGAAACAUACAUCAUUUGAAAAGUGAUUAUGCACCAACAUACUGAAGACAUGUAAUGCAUUUUGCUGUUGCUAACUUUGCCACUUACCAUAACAGUGUGUCGGACAUUUAGAACUUUCAAGAUUUGGAGGCUGUAACAUAUUUCCACAUUUCAGCAACAUUCCAUGUUUUGUUACAUGCAUAGUAACAUUGAAAGCGUAUCUCUUUGUGCCAUCAAUUACUAUUUUGCACUUUUUUAUGCGCCAGAAAGUGGGCAUAUUAAAAUCGCACUGUCCGUCCGUGUGUGUGUCUGUGCGUCCAUCCGUGUAAAUUCUUGUCCGGGCUGUAACUCUGCCAUCCAUAAAGGGAUUUUAAAAUAACUUGGCAUAAAUGUUUACCAUGAGACGACAUGUCAUGCACAAGACCCAGAUUCCUAGCUCCAAGGUCAAGGUCACACUUAGAAGUCAUAGGUUAACAGGGUCUGUUUCAUGUUCGGCCCAUAACUCAGCCAUUGAUGAAGGGAUUUUGAAAUUAUUUGGCAUAAAUGUUUCCCAUAAUGAGAUGACAUGUCAUGCGCAAGAUCAAGACCUCUAGCUCUAAGGUCAAGGUCACACUUAGAGGUUAAAGGUUAACAUGGUCUGUUUCUUGUCCGGUCCAUAACUAUGCCAUUGAUGAAGGAAUUUUAAAAUUACUUGGCAUAAAUGUUCCCUAUAUUGAGAUGACUUGUCAUGUACAAGACAUAGACCCCUAGCUCCAAGGUCAAGGUCACACUUAGAAGUCGAAGGUGUUUCUUGUCUGGUCAAUAACCAUUUAUCAAGGGAUUUGAAAAUAAUUUGACACGAAUUUAAACAUAUUGAAAAGGUGUGCCACACAUAUGACCCGGGUCUUUUGGGUCAAGGUCACAAAAUGGUGGGGGUUUUUUUUGCGCAGACAACUGUAGCAUUCUUGGGCAUGCUUCGGGGGCACUUGUCAAAAAUAGUGACAGCUCUUGUUUUCAGACUGUCUUUCAGCUGCAUUUUCAAUAUUUUCAUCUGUUUUAAUCUCUGGUAAUGUUUCAUAUUCUUUUAAAUGUUAACUGCUUUUGUUCUUACUAUUGUAUUUUGUUUUGUAUUUGUUUGUAUUCUAUUGUUAAAAAUUAAAAGUAUUAUAAAAUUUA